GACAGCUGCAACUCCUAGACACUCAUCACGAUAUUCUCUUCCAAUUGUUCGAACCUAAGUCCUCGCAUAUAUAAAGGUGCUACCCAUUUUGCUAGUCCGGACAUAAUGACGAAUCGGUCAGCACCCCAUCUCAUUGCACCAGCGUCGCCAAGAUGGCCCCUCAAACCAAUAUUCCACAAACGAUGAAGGCAUGGGUUGCCUUCGGAUCUGGAAGACUUCGAGAUGUUCUUCAAUUGAAAACGGAUUGGCCGACUCCUGCACCGCCCAAAGCCGGAGAGAUUCUGGUUAAAGUCUCCUAUGUGGCAAUCAACCCCGGAGACCCCAAAAUGAUCGCCCACUCCAUCCCCUUCAGAAAAGUCGCCAUCGCCGGUAUGGAUUUUGUUGGAGAAGUGGUACAGGUUGGACAGCUCUCUCCUACGUCGGCUACAGGCAUACGCACGGGAAUGAUUGUUGCCGGCACGGUGCCAAUGACCAGUAUCCUACGUGGCGUCGGCUCACUAGCCGAGUACUUGGUCGUGCCCGCGCAUAUAGUCGUGGAAAAGCCCAAUGGCGUAGAGGAGUGCGUCGCAGCGGGCCUCUUUGGUAUCGUUGGGCAAACGAGUAUCGUGAUGUUGCGCACCGCAAAUCUUCGAGAGGGGGACAGGGUCCUACUCAAUGGUGCGAGCGGCGGAGUAGGUUGCAUCCUAACCCAGAUGCUUCACGGAAUAGGGGUACAUGUUACCGGGAUCUGUUCCUCAAGAAACAUGGAUUUAGUUCGCAGGCUAGGCGCUGAAGAAGUCGUAGACUAUACGGCUCAUGAUGACCUCUACGGCCACCUUACUUCUCUCGCCACUUCCACCGGGUGCAGGCCUUUUGACGCUAUCUUUGACUGCGUCGGCAACGAUACGCUAUACUAUCGUUCUCCGGGAUAUCUGAAGAUCGAUGGCAAAUAUCAUAGCAUUGUACACGGGCCUUUGGGGUUCAUUGCAGAGUUCAAGUUCAACCACUGGCCCGUGCUCUUAGGAGGGAUUCCGAGGACUUACUCAAGUGUCUUUAGCAAUCCCUCCGGGUCCUCAGCUCUAGAAGUAGUCAAUUGGUUCGAAAAGGGUUGCAUCAAGGAGGUUCCGAUCGAUUCUGUAUUCGAAAUUGACGAUGCGUUGAAGGCUUUCGAGGCUUUAGCCAGUCAGAGAACGGUUGGGAAAAUAGUCAUAAGAGUGAAACAGGAGGCGAGAGAACAUGUAGCUUAGGGACGGUUUAGGGUAUUGUCUAUAGCAUACCUGAUAUCAUUCAAUGAUUACGUGGUUUCUGCCCCUUUCCAAGACGGAAUGCAUGUAUGGUAUUUAUUUCCCACUUUCAAGCCGACCAGGUCACGGUAAGAAAUAACGAAAAAAGGAGGUUAGGAAAUGCUGGAACUA